AUGGCCGUCGCUCGAGCAGUGUUUUCAGUAAUAUUUCUACUUUAUUUCGUGUUUAAUACUGAUGGACAGACUAACCAGAGUUUUGUCGAUACUGGAAGUAGUUCAGGUGUGUAUUAAACUAUCGUUUUGUGUGGAAUUUUGGAAAAUGGAAGCACGAAAAAUGUCUAGAAACACGCUGCCACACAUAUACAUGAUGUAAACAAAAUUUAAUGACAUUACUUAAAGCCGGGUUACAGUCCGUAAUGUAAACAAACGCUUUGUUUACAUUUUGAACUGCUAUAUUUCUUAAAAUAUUAUGAACUGUCAGAAAAUUUAACACUAUUUUGGUUCGCUAUACUUUUAAAUAAGUAUGAGCUAGUGUUUAUGUUCAGAAAUAUACAAAACAUGCGAAAUUUGCACAAUUUUGAAAUCCAGUAGUCUACCUUUGUUAUGAGCAGAACCGAUGCGCAGAACGGACUGUAACCCGGCUUUAACAAACGGGUCCUACUAAAGAAUGCCCGGGAACGCCCGGGGAGAUUCGUUGAAUGCCCGGGAAUGCCCGGGAGUUGGGAAAGAAUGCCCGGGGAAAAUUACGUUCAUAAUUACGUUAGUUUAUACUAUUAAAAUCACUUAUUUUAUGAAAGAUUAAAUAAUUCUUGUAAUAUAUGGCAUUGCAAAGUACUGUUCACGGAAUGUCCGGCUGUCACAAAAGAAUGCCCGGGAGUCGAAAAUGAUUGCCCGCGGUAAAAUUACGCAAGUAAUUACGAUAGUUAUAAAUGAAAACAUUAACAAGUCUUUUAUUAAUUAAAGUUUCUUGUAAUAUAUGGCAUUGUAAAAACUAUUCACAGAAAUUAUUUAUUUGGCUUUGUAAUGCUAAAUAAUAAUGAAGAAACAUCUUUUUACACUACCGAAAAUAUAUUUCACUGAUAGUGAUAUAUUCUGAGUAGAUUUGAAAAAGACAUUAGCGGUACGUAAUUUUCCCCAGGCAUUCUGUGAAUAGUUUUUGCAAUGCCAUAUAUUACAAGAAACUUUCAUUAAAAAAUAAAAGACUUGUUAAUGUUUUCAUUUAUAACUAUCGUAAUUACUUGCGCAAUUUUACCCCGGGCAUACAUUUUCGACUCCCGGGCAUUCUUUUGUGACAGCCGGACAUUCCGUGAACAGUACUUUGCAAUGCCAUAUAUUACAAGAAUUAUUUCAUCUUUCAUAAAAUAAGUGAUUUUAUUAGUAUAAACUAACGUAAUUAUGAACGUAAUUUUCCCUGGGCAUUCUUUCCCAAUUCCCGGGCAUUCCCGGGCAUUCAACGAAUCUCCCCGAGCAUUCCCGGGCAUUCCCGGGCAUUCUUUAGUAGGACCGUAACAAACUGUCAAAUGACUCUAGCCUUGACUUGAAUUUUUUUUUGAAUUUUUUUGAGUGUGAUCAGUUGGUAUUGCUACAACACAACAUUUCAAGAAGUAAUAAUAACCCUGACUCCAGGGUACAUUUGAAAUUCUAUGCAGGAGAUAAUAAUACAAACCCUUGAUCACGCCAACAUUUCAAAACAUUUUACUUUUGGGACUCAAACCUGUAAUAUUCUAGUGAACUACAAAAAGUUAUCUAUGUUUUAAGUUCCUUUCAACUGCCAAAAACACUGUGUGCUUCCUUCCUUGUUGCCUAGGCAACAACCUUUUUGCAUGUACUUUCUAUUUUACACUAUUGAUGUUCAUUAAUAUUCCGACAUCACAAAACCCAUGUCAAAAUAGACAAUCCUGUGCGUAAGACUGUGAAGUAAUCUCAUGCCAACCUACUGGUCAACGACUUUGAGGUAUAAAUCUCAUGCCAAUACGCUGACAAAUUUUGUAACCUCACACCGGACCAGACUGUAAAGUUUGGAAAUUGUGUGCCAGAGAUUUCGAAAAUUUAAUUAAUAGUAAAUAUAUAGAAAGCAUAAAAAAUGUGCGUGGUGCAGAAAAUGCAGUCUGGACACUGGAGAUAUUUGGUAUGCUCUCUGGUUCUGACUGGAAAGUUUGGUAAUUGCACACCCAAGAUUUCAAAAAUCACAUUUCAUAAAACAUUGGGGUUGUCAGAAAAAAGGUCGGUCAUGAAACUGGUCUCGAACCACAAGAUAUUUUUGGAGAACCGAGCACCCUUUAAUAUAUCAAGUACUUUUUAUUUUGAGGUUGCAUUUGUGACUUGGUAGUGAAUGGUUGUGAUCCAAAUUGUUGCUGUGAUGUCGACUGUUCAGCAGCCGAUAAAGAAACUUUUACCGAAUGCUCAGAAACCAAGAAUGUUGUGUAUGUAUAAGUCAAUAUACAUGUACACCCAGCCUGGCUCAGUUGCUGCUUAUAAUCUUAGGAGUCGGGAACAAUUAUAGCAGUGAAACAAAGAUUGAAUAUCUUGGCAAACUCUUGAUUGAAUAUCGUGGCUUUUUCAUCUUUUUAGUUUUGAUGAUCGAGUUUGUGUGUCAGAUCAAAUGAUUUUCAUCCAAAAUGUUCCAUUUACGACAAAGAAUACCGGGGAUGGAUUGUUUUGCAUUUAUCAUAAUAACA